AUGGCGUCGACAACGUUCUUGGAGACCACUCUCACCAUUCCUGAUAAUUUAACCAUCUCCCAAUUUAUGUUGGACUGCCAACAUCCUUUACGACCCCAGCGAGGCGACACACCAUGUUUUACAGACGAUAAUUCAGGUCAGAUUGUUAAUUUUGACGAAGUAAAGCUUCGCACUCAACUACUGGCUGCUGCAUUGAAUACCAGGUAUAACCUUUCCGACAACGACGUCGACUACGCUGUUGCGACUUGGUCGGUCCAUCAGAUCGGCGGUAUUGUCACAGUGCUACCCGUUCACAAGGAGGCCAUAUGUAGUCCGGCCAACCCUGGAUUGACGCCGGAGGAACUAUGUUAUCAGCUUCAGAUCACCAAGGCUUCUUUCAUCAUAGUCCAUUCAGCUGCGGUAAUUACCGCACAAACAGCUGCUCGGAAAUUCAACUUCCCCCCGACACGAAUCAUUUUACUCGAUGAUUGUGAACACUAUGACCUAUACAGCGUCCCUGAACUAAUAUCGGAGGCCUUGAUUAAUCACUAUUCCUUCUCCCCGAAGACUUUGAAGCCCGGGGAAGGCAGUACUAAACUGGCUCUAUUGAUGCUAAGUAGUGGGACGACUGGGAAGCCGAAGUUCAACUGGCAAUGCAUCACCAAGUGUACACGUAUCACAAAGAGCCUGUCCCGAGGAUUCAGAUGCGGGGAUAGUUUACUUGGAGAUAUCGCCGGCUUUCUCCUAUCUGUAAGCACACAUUUCACUCUGCCGCCGUGGGCUGAAAUGCUGAAGCGUGGACACGCAGAUGCAUUUCCCAGUGUUUUGCGGGGUAGGGAGGACUGUAGUCCGCUCUCUAUGGUGCUGGGACUAAAGCAAAUAUUACAGAUGUCCGUAAUCGUUGUUGGCCGAUUUGAUUUUGUCAAUAUGCUGCGAAGUAUCGUUCGCUACCGUAUAACUGAUUUAGUGUUCGUCAACGGUGUUCAAUCUCUCCUCGCCGCUAAUAACCUUUUACAGACUCGUACCUCCGCAAGCUGUUGCAUUAUGCAAGGUGUGAACAGCGCGGCGAAAUCUUACGACAUGUCGAGUGUAAAAUGUGUAAUCGUUGGUGCUGCUCCCAUGACCAAGGAGAUUAAUGCCCUUCUUUUCGACGUCUUUCCCUCUGCCCAAAUCGGACAAGCAUAUGGUACCACCGAGACGCCUGCCGUGCUUGCUACAGUGCAUUUUGAGCAACAGAGAGGUCCAGUCGGGAGCGCGGGAAGGCUCUUGCCAGGUGUUGAAGCGCGCGUCGUGAAGUUCGACGGCACCUUUGCUCGACUUGGAGAGCCCGGAGCAUUGGAAGUUCGAUGUCCCAAUAUGUCUCUCGGCUAUCUGGACAACGAAGAAGCAUGGCUACGUACAGGUGACGAGGUUAUAUUAACGAAGGACCGAGAGGUGUAUAUCGUUGACCGCAUAAAGGAAUUCAUCAAAGUGAACGGGUAUCAGGUCGCACCUGCGGAGCUGGAAGGUUGCCUAUUAGACCACCCGGAUGUGAUUGAAUCGUCUAGCUCUCUUUCCAGGAACUCCAAGUUCACUGUCUUAUAG